GAGGAAACCCAGCCCGACGAGCCACAUCCGACUCGAUCCGGACCCAACGCGGCGCCUCCCACUCGUACCGACCCACCGCCCUCCGCCCUCAUGUCCUCCUCCGCCGGCGACGGCCUCGCGCCCCCGUCGUCGGCGUCCAAGGGCAAGGCCAGGAUGGACGACGACGCCGUGGCCUUGGCGCCGGAGGGCGUCCCCUGCGGCAUCUGCUUCACGGACUCGCGGCGGGCGAUCCGGGGCGAGCUCGACUGCUGCGCCCACCACUUCUGCUUCGUCUGCAUCAUGGCCUGGGCGCGCGUCGAGUCGCGCUGCCCCUUCUGCAAGGCGCGCUUCCGCACCAUCCGCCGCCCGCCCGUCCCCGGCCGCCUCCCCUCCGAGCGCGUCGUCAACGUCACCGAGCGCAACCAGGUAUACCAUCCUCGAGGCAAUGUGAGUAGCGUGGUGAGCACUGAUCCUUACGUGAACAGCGGCUGCAGCGUAUGUAACUGCUCCAGUGAUGAGGACCUGCUGCUCCUCUGCGAGCUAUGUGAUGUGGCUUCACACACGUAUUGCGUGGGGCUAGGGACCACUGUGCCAGAGGGAGACUGGUUCUGCAAGGACUGUGAAACAUCCAAGGAGGAGCACUCGAGGUGUCAGAUCGAUGAUGGUGGGUCUAGUGAUCAUGGUGAAAUUGAAAUCACUAUUGAAGUUCCAACUGCUGAGCCAGUUACAGAACCUUCCGCUUCUGAUAUUGUGGAUGAGGGUUACUCUCUGAGUUCAGUUCGCCGCACAAAUACGAGGAGCAGUGGGACUACCAUUGAAGUUCCAACUGCUGAGCCGGUUACAGAACCUUCCGUUUCGGAUAUUGUGGAUGAGGGUUACUCUUUGAGUUCACUGCGCCGCACAAAUACGAGGAGCAGUGGGACUACCAUUGAAGUUCCAACUGUCCAGCCAGUUACAGAACCUUCCGUUUCGGAUAUUGUGGAUGGGAGUUACUCUUUGAGUUCACUGCGCCGCAGAAAUACGAGGAGCAGUGGGCCUAUCCCAGUUCCGUCUAUUUAUGAUAAUGUGGAUGAAGAUUACGGGACAAUUCCAGUGCACGGGACAAAUGCACAAAGCAGUGGGUCUUUUCCAGUUCCUUCUGUUUAUGACAUUGUGGAUGAGGAUUACGAAAUAAAUCCACUGCGUAGGACUAAUACGCGGAGCACUAGACCUGAUAGAAAUGCCAAUGAUUUGCCAUCGCAGGGUACUUCUUCUGAUGGAUCAUAUUCUCAUGAAUCUCCUCAAGGGCGAGGCACUGGUCGCGCAUUGUUGCAUGCCCAUGCUCGCUUUGGAACUGAGAGAGCUAGAACAUUUCGUAAUUCUCGCAAUCUUAAUAACCGUAUAAUGCUGCUGCGUGAGAACUGGCCUGCUCUCCGUGCAGGUUCUGCGGGAUUUGCCACACAUCUACACAACAAUAGCGCUAGUUCUUCUGUUAAAGGGCAUCAGCAGUCUGCGGCACCUCCGCCUAAGGAGACCCGUUAUGUCAAUAAGGCAUGGAAAAUGUUGGAAAUGGCAAAGUCUGCUGGUGGAAGGAAGAAAUGUGACAAGCCUUCCUCCCUAGACUGCACUCCUCGAUUCUCUAUGGGAAAUAGGUCAACUUCAUUCAGCCCGAUUGAUACAAUCUUAGGACAGAAGAAGCAGAGCCUUUCUCCUACCGUGACUCAGAGAAACGCUAUGAAAUUUGACCGUGGUGCAAAAAGGGAUAAUAUACUGCCCAGGAAGGAUGUUGUAGGGCACUGCGACUUGCCUGGGAAUCGCCAUGUAUUAGUUCGUGAAGGAAUUGGUUCAUUCCAGUGUAGAAUGACAAAUCAGGAAAGUCCAAACGGUAAAGUUGCCUUGUCAAGCCAUAGUCAACAUGUUGAUCAGACACCAGAAUCCUCGUGUGGCGGUAAAGUUGCCUCAUCAAGCCACAGACAACAUGUUGAUCAAACAUUGGAAUCUGUGCAUGGCCCGCUUGGAUCAGGGAAACCUAAAAUGGAUGCGCUGCAUCCAUCUGCAAACAGUCUAUUGUCUGGUCGUCCCACGAUGAUCUCUCCGCUACAAAUCGUGCCGAGCGCUGGGAGCCAAUCUGGUGCAAAGGUAAACCCUCAGGAACCUUCAGCCGUUUGUGCUGCAACAUCCAAUGAAAUUGGCACCAUGGCAGCAACAGUUGAAGUUAGAAAAAGUUCUGGACCAGACCGUGGCGAGUCCAAGAGAAAACAUUGUUCUGGAACUCGUGAUGAUCAAGGAUCCAAAAAACCCAGGGUAAACCCUCAGGAACCUUCAGCCGUUCGUGCCGCAACAUCCAAUGAAAUUGGUACCGUGGCACCAACAGUUGAAGUUAGAAAAAGUUCUGGACCAGACCGUGGUGAGUCCAAGAGAAAACAUCGUCCUGGAACGCGUGAUGAUCAAGGAUCCAAACAACCCAGGGUAAACCCUCAGGAACCUUCAGCCGUUCGUGCUGUAACAUCCAAUGAAAUUGGUACCGUGUCAGCAACAGUUGAAGUUAGAAAAAGUUCUGGACUAGACCGUGGUGAGUCCAAGAGAAAACAUCGUUCUGGAACGCGUGAUGAUCAAGGAUCCAAAAAACCCAGGAAGAGCGAUAAACUUGCAAAAAGUGAAAUAUCAUGCUUGGCCAUGCUUGAGUUGAAGCUACUCAAGAUAGACAAAACCUACGGUUCUGACAGAUUCAAGGAAGCCGCUCGAGCAGCAACACACACCGUCUUGGCUUCCUACGGACUGGAGCAUACGCCAUCAGUAGCCCUGGCACUCCCCAAACCGGUCUGCAAGCACAGCUGCAGAACCGGAUCUUCCAAAGCGUCAGCGAUAGCCAACACCUGCAAGGAAUGCCUGCGUGGUUUCGUGAAGCAAGCCAUCAGUUCGGUGUUGGCCAGCAAGCAGAUGGAUCAAACUGCCGCCUCUUGCUAGGGUUUAGACGGCGUCUCAAAUUGCCUUUUGCAGUUGUGAAUGAAAAAUUCUUUUGUUUUAGCUAGUGUUUAGACAGAUGUUGUAUGUACAUUUCCAUAGCAUUUUUUGGUGUGACCUACCUAGCUGUGUAGUGGUUGCUUGGCUUGGUUGGUAGACCUGAUCCAGGACAAGAAACAUAGUACUUGAAUGGGUUUCAAGAAUAACAAAAGAAACAUAGUACUUGAAACAA